CAAAGUAAAGCAGUAUGUGUCGAGCGUUUAUUGCGGAAUGUGUACCGUAACAGUAUUAUUGUGAAACUAUUUAUAUUAAUAUUUGUGCGUUAUUUUAUAAAUCAAUAACUAUGCCUGAUUUAGAGAAGCUUUUAAAACAAGCAGCAAUGCAAGUGGGGGCUGGUGGAAGUGCGGGAUUCAUAGAAGUCUGUAUCAUGCAUCCUCUGGAUCUCGUUAAAACGAGAUUGCAAUUACAAGCAAAUAAAUCAUCGUUGAAGAGUUCAGAUCCUCACUAUUAUAAUGGAAUUAUUGACUGUAUGAAAAAAAUGUAUCAACACGAAGGAUUAACUUCAUUUUGGAAAGGAAUUUUGCCGCCAAUUUUAGCCGAAACUCCGAAACGUGCAGUAAAGUUUUUAACUUUUGAACAGUAUAAAAAAAUCUUUAUGUUCGGCUCUAGCACACCCACUCCUUUAACAUUUUCGCUGGCUGGUCUUGGAGCGGGAAUAACAGAAGCUAUUUUAGUAAAUCCUUUCGAAGUUGUAAAGGUGACCCUGCAAUCCAAUAAAGCUUUAGCAUCACAAGUACCAAGCACGUGGAGUGUAACACGGCAAAUCGUAAGAGAGAACGGACUUGGUUUUAGAGGAUUAAAUAAAGGACUUACUGCCACUAUAGCAAGAAAUGGAAUUUUCAACAUGGUUUAUUUCGGAUUUUAUCACAGUUUUAAGGGAUACUUACCAGAAUAUGAGGAUCCACUUUUAGAAUUCGGACGGAAAGUGACUCUUGGCUUUACGUCGGGAGUUCUCGGUUCUUGCGUUAAUAUACCGUUUGAUGUCGCAAAGAGUCGGAUCCAAGGACCGCAGCCAACGCCGGGUGUCAUCAAAUAUAGAUCGACGACGGGAACAAUAGCAUUAGUGUAUAAAGAGGAGGGAUUUCGAGCUCUUUACAAGGGUCUUCUACCAAAAGUUCUUCGAUUAGGGCCGGGCGGUGCAAUUAUGCUAGUUGUAUAUGAUUAUGUUUAUAAUUUCCUAGAGAAAAAAUUUGAAGAUAAACCAAAUAUUUAAUACUUACUCGUGCAAGAAGCUUUUAGCUUAACUACGUAGGUAUUAUAUUACGUGCUAUAUACCUAUAGUACAAACGCGCAAAAUAACUGUUUUGAUUAUUAAGGUCACUAGCUGAUAGCGUAAAUAUGUAGAUAUACAAAGAUAGAUAUAUUAAAUAAUAAACAACGAAUAGAUUUGCAUUGACAUCAAUAAUGGAUUGGGAAAAUAGAUAGAAAAGAAGUUUGGGGAAAUAAUUCGUAGGUACGUUGGUUACCUAUAGAACUUUAUAAAAGCGCUGGGUACCCCUAGGUUACGUUUUAGUUGCAAUGGUUAAUACAAACAUCAAGUUUUCAUUUGAAUACAGCAUUUAAAUAUAUUAUGAAUAUUUAUUAUUAUUUUCCAUAUAUUUUUUUUGUUAUAUUAUAUUUUUUUAAGAAUAUUUACUUUUUAUAUUUUAUGAAUAAAAAAAAUUGUUACAA